CUCUCUCUCAUAUGAUCCGACUCCCGAGUGUUCAGUCGUUCAGUGGUGUCCGCUCGGUCCGCGUUAAGUUGGCGUUGAAAGUUCUGGUGCUCUCCGAAGAGGAUGCUUUGGCACUAGUGCGGUGCGAAGUGGUGUGGGAACUUGAGCAAGUCGCAACUAUUGUCCUUCUUUCAAGGCCUUUCUAUUCCCAAAGGAGUUCCGAAGCGAGAGCGAGCGGGGGGCUCCGGGCAUCGGCAUCCGAAGCCGCUCCUCCCAGCACCACCAGUGGGAGCCUGAUCGGGAAUGCUGCCCAGGACGCAACGACGACUCAAGCGUUCGGGCAGCCUUUCCCUUCGGCCAUGUCCAGCUUUGCUAGCGGGUGGCUCGGAGCAUCGGCCUCCGAAGCUGCUCCUCCCAGCACCACCAGUGGGUGCCUGAUCGGAAAUGCUGCCCAGGACACAAAGACGACUCAAGCGUUUGGGCAGCCUUCUCCUUCGACCAUGUCCAGCUUUGCUAGCGGGUGGCUCCGAGCAUCGGCCUCCGAAGCCGCUCCUCCCAGCACCACCAGUGGGUGCCUGAUCGGAAAUGCUGCCCAGGACACAAAGACGACUCAAGCGUUUGGGCAGCCUUCUCCUUCGACCAUGUCCAGCUUUGCUAGCGGGUGGCUCGGAGCAUCGGCCUCCGAAGCUGCUCCUCCCAGCACCACCAGUGGGUGCCUGAUCGGAAAUGCUGCCCAGGACACAAAGACGACUCAAGCGUUUGGGCAGCCUUCUCCUUCGACCAUGUCCAGCUUUGCUAGCGGGUGGCUCCGAGCAUCGGCCUCCGAAGCCGCUCCUCCCAGCACCACCAGUGGGUGCCUGAUCGGAAAUGCUGCCCAGGACACAAAGACGACUCAAGCGUUUGGGCAGCCUUCUCCUUCGACCAUGUCCAGCUUUGCUAGCGGGUGGCUCGGAGCAUCGGCCUCCGAAGCUGCUCCUCCCAGCACCACCAGUGGGUGCCUGAUCGGAAAUGCUGCCCAGGACACAAAGACGACUCAAGCGUUUGGGCAGCCUUCUCCUUCGACCAUGUCCAGCUUUGGUGAGAAAUGCACGUCCUUGCCUUCGUUUGGUUGA